CCAUAUUGCUCUGAUGGUUCUCUUCUCAGCUGAGUCUUCUUCUCUCUUAUUGCUCCCAAAAUUCUUGUUCUUUUUUUUUAUCCAGUCUCUACAAAAAAGCAAUGUGGAACCUUAACGACUCACCAGAUCAUCACGAAGAAUCAGACGUUAGAGGGAAUCGGGUUGGUCACGUGUCAAGCUCAACGAGCCAAUCCACCACGUGGCUGCUAUCUGUGCCUCCGGUGACCCGGAAUUUUUUUCCGGGUAAAAGCAUGGAACCGAGUCAAGUUGGAGAAAUAUCCGGUCCCGGUUUCCCUGGAAACCAAUGUAUCGUUCAGUCGGAUCCUAGCGGGUCGGGUCGUCCAGAAAAGUCGGAGCCGGAGACAUCGCAGCCUGUGAAAAAGAGCCGACGUGGACCUCGCUCACGGAGCUCUCAGUACAGAGGAGUUACUUUUUAUCGUCGAACCGGAAGAUGGGAGUCACAUAUUUGGGACUGUGGGAAGCAAGUGUACUUAGGUGGAUUCGACACAGCACAUGCUGCUGCUCGUGCCUAUGAUCGAGCCGCAGUUAAAUUCAGAGGUGUAGAUGCAGAUAUUAAUUUCGACAUUGAAGACUACGUGGAAGAUUUUAAACAGAUGAGCAAUUUGACGAAGGAAGAGUUCAUGCAUGUUCUUCGAAGGCAAAGCCCUGGGUUUCCAAGAGGCAGUUCGAAAUAUAGAGGUGUCACUUUGCAUAAAUGUGGAAGAUGGGAGGCUCGAUUGGGUCAAUUUCUUAACAAAAAGUACGUUUAUUUGGGUCUCUUUGAUACCGAGAUGGAAGCUGCAAGAGCAUACGAUAAAGCGGCAAUAAAGUGUAAUGGAAAAGACGCAGUUACCAAUUUUGACCCUAAAAUAUACGAAGAAGAGCUUAGCCCAGAGAAGAAGUGGAAUGAUCAUAACCUUGAUCUAAGCCUAGGAGAAUCAAAGUCGGAAGAGUUUGGUAUCAAAUCCGAGAUUACGAGCAUGAGAAGUAGGAUUAGAGAUGAGGAGAGAUUAUUAGGCAGCGAUCUCUCGCUAGCGAUGAAGGCAACGAAGACCGUCGGAUCGGAAAAGCAAUCGGACGGUGGAGGAGAGCAAGUGGGAAUGGCAGCAUCAUCAGGAUUCUCUCCUCACAAUUCUCCUUGGAACCACCACAGUCCUCGCACCUUCCACUUCUCUCAUCCCUGAUUUAUCACAAUUCAUCAUCUGAGCUCUAGUGCGUGUCAACUUCAAGAUAUGCUUUAGAGAAAAUGAAUUAUUUCAAGAGCUAUUUAUGGACUCCGUCGUAUAUACAUUAUAUGUUCUUGAGUCGAUAUAAGAGUUAAUUUUUUUUUUCUCGUU